GGAGGAGGAUUCUUCGGCCCGGGGCAACAGGGGUGGUGGGGACGGUGGUGACGUGCCACCUACGGAUUGGUCGUGUGCGCUGGUCGGGCGAGGCACACAAGUCUUGUGGCCGUGUCUUUGGUCGGCGCAGACGAUCGAUCGCUUCCGCGUGACGCUGCUGAUAGAUUACUAGCGCAGCGCAUAGAGAUAUCACGUCUAUCCUAAAUUCCAAAUCUACUCGGAUCUUUUUCACCGUAAAAGAGUAGGAAUAGAAAAUCAAAAUUAUUUUUUUAUGGUAAGUAAAAAUACAAACCAAUAACUUUAUCUUCGGACUAUAUAGGAACGACAAAAGAUCCGUGAGCUAGGGACAAUCAUCCAAUCUUGUGUUUCGUCGUCAGAAGUAGGUUGAAGCAGCAGCUUUUGCAAAGCAGUAAAGUUUGUCUGCAACAAUGGUGAAGCCGGUUGUUGGGAAGAAGCCGACGGCGAAGUCGAAGGGGAAGCAGCGGAUCAAGAUCGAAUACAUCGAGGACAAGGAGAAACGGCAGGUGACCUUCUCGAAGCGCAAGGGCGGGCUGCUCAAGAAGGCCUCCGAGCUCCACCUGCUCUGCGGCGCGCACGUCGCCAUCGUCAUCUUCUCCCAGCAGAAACAACAGGACGCGAACGACCCGAACCUUGCUGCUGCUGCUGCUGCUCUCGCCGCAGCGGCGGCGGCGGGUCUGCCUCCGGGCGGCAGACGCUCCUCCGCUAGGCGCAGGGGCGGCGGCAACGUGUUCGCGAUGGGCACCCCGUCCGUGGACCACGUGAUGAGCGCGCGCCUCGCCGGCGCCGGCGACCCGUACGGCCACCGCGCCGCGCUCGAGGAGGAGGAGGACGACGCCCGCGCCGCCGUCGCCGGGCGCGAGGGGGCGGAGGCGACCGCGCGGAGGAGGGACGAGGCGAGGGAGCUCGUGGACGCGGAGGAGGAGCGGAUGAAGGCCGUCGCGGACAAGGUGAGGCUGGCCACGGCCGUGGGACGGUUCUGGUGGGAGGCGGACGUGGAGGCGCUCGGCGAGGCGGAGCUACCGGAGUUCGGCGGCGCUCUCAAGCGGCUCAGGGAUAAUGUGCUGCGACGCCACGCGGACAAAUUGGUGCCUCAGUAGUGUCAGGGUAGACACAAAAACUGAUUCUUUCUGAUUAUUACAUGUACGCUUAGCGGCAUUGUUUUUGUUACUGACGAUGGUUAGUUCCUUAAUUAGCUGAUUGUUAGAAUUUUUAUCUUUUGAUGAGAAACUUCUGAUUGUUUAGAAUUUUGAUGGAGAUCAAAUAUAAGAUAG